AGUUGAAUCAGUCGUGCGAUGAAUGGAACAUCAACCCCUGUGUAAGUAAAAAGUUCUUGUGCAGGAGGAGCUCUGUGUUGUUACUCCGUUCUAUUUUUCCUACCACGGCAGCCCCAACCGCCAACGGAAGUAGGAAGAAAGUAGAAGUGCCACAGCUGCGAGGGGAAUUGCAUCCAUACAACUACAUAUUGCUUUUGUACUAAAUCUAUGUACAACGACAUUCAUAGUUGCUCAUUCUGUUUUUGUUCCAGUGUGAAAAAAGAACGGAAAGUAGAAUAGAACUAAACCCAGAACAAUUUAUAAACUCAGCCCUCGAAAAAAAUGAAGCGCGACAAGAGGGAGAACAAGACGAUCCAGGGCGGCAAAAACAACGCCACCCACGGCGGCGAUGAAAGAAACCAACCCGAAGCGAAGCGGCAGAAGCACGAGAAACCUUCCGCAGUGCAGAUGUACAGCGGGAAACAGGGCGGACGGGACUGGACGCUGUCGGUCGCGCUGCCCGCCUCCAUCGUCGCCAACGCGCAGAGCCACGAGCUGCGGUCCUACCUGGUCGCGCAGAUCGCCCGGGCGCUGACCAUAUCAACUGCAAUAGUGUCUGGGUCUGGAAGCAUGCAACUUGUGAUGCUGCAUUUGGAUUCCAAAAAAAUUUGUAUUGCAUGAGCAGCGAAGGGAAUGCAUUUUUUGCUACGCGGAGAGGGCGUUUGUCAUGCGGAGUAGGCAUCAAGAAGCCCGCAAAAAAUCUGUCGUGCUAGGGCAUGCAUUACAGACAUCAUGGCUCAUGCAAAACGUCCAUAACAAGUGUCAGAAUCUUCCAGACAUCCAGGGAUAUUUGCAAUUGAUAGACCAUCUACGGGGUGGACGAGGUGGUAUUGUAUGAGGAUCAGCAGGAAUUGGUGAACCAGGGCGACGUAUGGAUUGCAAAAGUGUCUGGGUCUGGAAGAGUGGAACUUGUAAUGCUGUCUGCGGAUUCUAAAAAUAUCUGUGUUGCGUGAGCAGUAAGAGGAGUCAGUUCUUGGCACGCGGAGAGGGCAUUUGUCAUGCGUAAUAAGCAUCAAGAAGCUCUCAAAAAAUCUGUGAUGCUAGCACCAGCAUCACAGACUUGAUGGGUCAUGCAAAAUGUGCAUGACAAGCCCCGACUCUUCCAGACCCAGACAUAUUUGCAUUUGAUACGACGGCGGAGAGAUGGGCGGCACGAAUAACACGUUUUCAUCGUCUUGGGACAACACAUCAAACACAUGGAACUAUGACACGAACUCGUGGGCCGGCGCGGGCGGCGCAACAGCAAAACCAAAGAAAGGUCGCGACACAACUACAAGCGCUGAAGAUGCAGGAGCUGCAGCAGCCGGCGAAGCAGAUGCUGAAGAGAAGGGCAAAAAUGGAGAAGAAGAGGCGGAGAAAAAGCAUUCCUGGGCGCUGAAUUUUUUCGCGCGGAACCUGCAGUACCUCGAGACCCCACAGUACCUGCGGAAAAUCCUGUUCGGAAUGCACCCAGAUUUGAAAUUCGCGGGGUUGCAGAACCCCCUGGACGCGCCGCACCACUUGCGGAAGGGGGAACAGAUCAAGUACCGGGAGGGGGUGAUUCUGGAGGAGCGGCACUUCCCGUACGCGAAACCCAGCGCCGACGGCGUGUUUGUGUGCUGCGGCCUGGACUACCCCGUCUGGUGCGAGGAGGGGCACGGGGCGACGGCCGGCGUCCGGGUCACCGUGAAGCUGCUCCAGGACGUGACCUACAAGGACGGCUUAUCCUGAGUAAAAACGUCCCCACACCAGAGUCAAGAUGGGAAAGCGGCUAGACAAAUCAACCAGCUUUCGUUGUUUCGCAUGACAAGUCUGUCCCCGGAGUGUGAUCCUGUGUAGCUAGUUUCGGAGCAUCACAGAUCAAGCAUAUCAUGCCGAUUCUAGCAUCACAAAUCCCAAACCACGACUAGAAAAUGGCUUUCAUUGGGCCCCGCAUGAGAAACUUUUUUGGCGUGCAGAUUUGCAUGACAGCUCUUGGGUGGGGACGUUUUUACUCAGAAUACGGCUCGGUUGCGGGAGAGAUUGUGUCGCCCUCCACCCCGCGCACCGAGGACGGGUUGUACUGGGGCUACCAGACCCGCGUGUGCCACAGCUUGCAGGAAGUGUUCGACCACACUCCCUUGGUCGUGGAAGAAACAACUUCUGGCUCCGGCGGAGACCACCCGGAGGCCGCCGGAAAGGAGGUCUCGAAACGACGACAGGCCUUGAAUCUGUCGUUCGACAGCUACCGGCACUACGAUCUGGUGUUGGGCACGUCCGAGCGGGGGCGAGCGAUCAACGACGAAUUUGCGUCCGCAAAGAAGAUAUGCAUUGCAAAUAUCCCUGGAUGUCUGGAAGAGUACAGCUUGUCGUGCUAAAUCUGAAUCAUGCAUCAAAAAUCUGUGUUGCGUGAUUACGAAUAAAGCUGUCCGCUUUUGAGCAAGCCGAGAGGCAGUUUCUCAUGCGGAAAAAGCAUGGUAAAGAUCUCACAGAAUCUGUGACGCCAGGGCAUGCAUCACAGACCUCGCGCGUCAUGCAAAACGUGCAUGACAAACGUUGCACUUAUCUAGAACCACACAUAUUUGCAAUGCAUAGAAGAAGCUGCAAUUCCGCCACUGCCUGGUGCUCUUCGGCUCGUUGGGCGGCUUGGAAGCGGUCAUGAAAGACGACUUGUUCACGAAAAUUGAGUAUCCUGUGCAAAAGUAUCGUACUCGUAUUGCAAUGACGCAUUACAAAUCUCUUUCUAAAGGUAGAUCCGCAUUACAAAUUAAAUUGCUCAUGCUGAGGAAAUUUGUAAUGCAUAAUUUAUACGAGUACGAUAUUUUUGCAGUUCAUAUUGAGAAGGAGUACCAAAUUGCCCACCCGGCGAAACGCGGGGAGAACAAGAAGAAUCACGUGUGCGGGAAUCCCCGGAUGAUCUGUAUCAAUCGCGUAGUAAAAACGUCCUCCCCAGCACAAAUUUUGCAAGAAAAAACUGUUUCACUGUGAACUUGUGAUGCAGAGAACGAAACACCAAAGCGUUUGUCUCGCUACACCUGCAACACAAUGGAUUUUUAAGUGUGUUUUCCCUUGGGAAGCGCGCAUGGCAAAUUUUCGGUGUCAGGUGUAGCAAACUUGUGACGCAGAUUCUGCAAAAUCAUCACAGUGAAACAGUUUUUUCGUGGGAUAACAAACGCCCCACAGUCAAUCCUUGAGAAGUCGAAAUGUAGAAGUGUGCAACACAAUCACAAAGAACUACCAGAAGUUUAUUUUUGGGAGCCAAAACGCAUGACAAGUUCCUUUCUGCAGGUGCAGCGUAGCCAGGAGAGCCGCAUCGCAAAGCCAUCAGCUGGCACUGUUUUAUAAAUACGGCAUCUCGACGUCAAAAUCAGAAACAUCACGAAAAGAAAGCCUCUCGUAAGGAGGAUAGAUACCUACGCAUGACAAGUCUCUUUUUGUAGGUUGAUGCAAAAAUUCUGCAUGACAACGCUGGUGAGGUGGGGGCGUUUUUACGCCGGAUAACCUGCCACCACUACUUGAACACCUGUCCCUUUCAAACUUCGCGAACGAUCCGAGCAGAGGAGGCACUGUUGAUCACGUUAGCAAACUACGCAUCGCAAAUAUCGAUUUGGGUCUCCUGCGAAAACAAGUUGUCAGACACUUGUCAUGCAAUUUUUGCAUAAUUUGGUGCAAGAUGAAAUGUGGAUGCACGACACAAAGCAUGAUAACAAAUCCUCCGGCGGAGGCCUGUUCAUCAUACCCAGUGGUCCCCACGGGAAGCACCUCCCCGGGGGAAGCACCUCCCUCUCGUAGAGGAGGUAACCGCUGCGCAUCUUUCUUUUAGGCAAUGCAAAUUGAUUUUGCCUGUCCUCCUUCGAAGAAAACAAUCCACAUCUUAAUUUCGUAAAAUAGUUAUUUUUCCGGACCCAGAUCGAUAUUUGCAUUGGAUACAACUUUAGACCGCUUCUUGGACAAGUGAUUUUGUUUCGUCUGUUGGCGGAACCUCUCCAUUGGGGAUGACGGAAGCCGUGCAAAAAUACUUACCACAGCAUCAGUUCUCGGCUGGUCGCGCCCGAAAUCGGACGAAAAACGUCUUUAGUAAAAUGCUGUUGCACAGUUUGAUGGACAAAAACUUCUCGCAAAAUGACCAAGAAGUUCUUGUGCUGGGCCUCGCGUGGCGUUCCGAGACAAAAGGAUGUU